CCAGGGGAGGAGGAGAGGUUCCCCAGAGGAGGACCAGGGGAGGAGGAGAGGUUCCCCAGAGGAGGACCAGGGGGAGGGGUUCCCCAGAGGAGGACCAGGGGAGGAGAAGAGGUUCCCCAGAGGAGGACCAGGGAAGAGAAAGGGUUUCUCCAUGGGCUGUCCCGGUGAGGAGCGUGGUGGUCGGGGUCAGAUCCUCCUCUUCCUGUAUAGAGCACCCAGUUCAGAUGGACUACAGACCAGACCUCCUGGACCUCAACCAGAGACCCUCCCAACAUCAUCAUGUUACGCAUGCUGCCACCUAACGCUACCGCCAACGAGAUCCGUGCCCAGCUUCAGGACCAGGGAUUGACCCAACAGAGGUUAUGAUUCGCCUGAUGACAAACAAGUCUUCAGGUCAGAGCCGUGGAUUCGCCUUCGUGGAGUUUAAUCACAUACAGGAGGCCUGCCGCUGGAUGGAGACCAAUCAGAUGGUUCUGUCUGUCCUAGACCAGAGGGUGUCUAUGCACUACAGUGAACCUAAACCACGGGCCAACGAGGACUGGCUCUGUAACAAGUGUGGGGUUCAGAACUUCAAGAGGAGAGAGAAGUGCUUCAAGUGUGGUGUUCCCAAAUCAGAGGCAGAGCUGAAACUGCCCCAGCUGAGUGAGUUACCCCUGGGGGGGCAUCAGAUGGAUGGUGCCCAGGGAUUACUGCCCCUCCCUGCCCUUUACCAGCCUGCUGCUGCCACCUCUACUGCCCUCACCAAGGCCGGGGCAACUAAUACACAACAGCCUGAGGUGGCCAACGACACUCUGAUCCUGAGGAACCUGGGUCCCCAUACCUCCCUGGAGUCCAUCCUGUCCACUCUGUCUCCCUUCGCGACUCUGUCUCCUUCUAAUGUUCGACUGAUCAAAGAUAAGCAGACACAACUCAACCGGGGCUUCGCUUUCCUACAGCUGUCUACUAUAGUGGAAGCAUCUCAGCUGCUCCAGAUCCUGCAGGCCUUACAGCCAACUCUCUCUAUAAACGGGAAGGACAUCUCUGUCGAGUUCGCCAAGGGAUCCAAACG